AUGAACGGUCUUGUGCCUGGAGAGCUUGAGUUUUCUCUAAGCGGUACCGCUACUGACUUCACAUCUCAACUUUCUGAUCCUGAGAUACUUGGAACUCCAAUUGGAUUUGGGUCCUUUAGUGAGGUUUUUGGGUGUAUUGUCAAAACAAGUAAUGGCGAAGAGAAGGUCGCAGUGAAGGUAUUCAAGAUCGAUCCUUCGAGAGAUACGGGAAAAAUUCAAAAUGCAAUACGUCGAGAACUCAAAGUGUGGCUUAGACUGAAAAACACGACCAUCGUUCCCCUACUGGGCUUCGCAUGCGUCGAAUACAAAUCCAAGUUCCCAGCUCUCGUCUCCCAAUGGAUGCCAUUUGGAACGUUAUUCGUCUACCUCACAAAAGCUACCAUCACUGCUUUUGCUAAAGUUGCAUUGGUCAAGGGUGUUGCCUCUGGCCUUGAUUACCUCCAAUCAGUGGAUGUUGUUCACGGAGACCUUCACCCUGGAAAUGUACUCAUAGAUGGUUCAGGGAAUCCAUGCCUAACUGAUUUCGGUCUUGCAACAAUCGAAGGAGAAGUGGAUAUGCAGUUGACGUCAACCACCGUCCAACGCAGUUUCGAUUCUCGAUGGCGGGCGCCCGAAGUCCUUGGAGUGGAAUCGGAAUGUAAUCCUCAAAAACCGACUUUCAUGAGUGAUAUUUACUCUUUUGGUGGUGUCAUGUUCUUUAAGAAACAUGUUCAAAUCUGUGUCGCGCUAUCGAAUAAAGUCAUACGUGCACGUCCCGAAAACAUCCUCGAUGACCACUGGAACUUGAUCCAGAAAUGCUGGUCAUGGGAAGCCAGUCAUCGCCCGAGGGUCACAAAAGUUCUUCAAUAUAUCGAUCAGUUUAGGACCGACAACUGGCAGGGUCAACAACCUAAGGUUCCCACUGGUCAAGGGCUGGUGGACCUGACGGGUCAGAUCGUUGGUACAAAUGCCGAAUUUGUUGAUUUUGGAAUGGUUUUCAAAUGUAAAUGGAGACGACCGACAGGUCCUAUGAAGGUUGCAGUAAAAGUCUCCAGGCAUCAUCACAUUGGUCGCGCCCCAGAGCAGGACUUAAGGAGGUUUCGACGAGAAACUGCAAUAUGGGCCCACCUCGUCCACGACAAUAUCGUCACAUUGUAUGGAACGACAGAGGGAUUCGGACCAACCACAGCCCUUGUCUCCCAAUGGUUUCCGGACGGCACGCUGUCCCUUCUGAUCAUAGAACAGGGUACUACAUUAACCAUCGAGUCCAAAUUGAAGCUGCUCCACGGCAUAGCAUCUGGGCUCCACUAUCUUCACUCUUUUCCUGUUGUUUAUGGUGUCAUCACGAGCAAGUGCCAAAUUCAAGAAUCGAUUGUUCGGCCUGGUGCAAUCAGGUGGGCUGCGCCUGAGUUGUUCAGGUCACGUGAUUCCCCUUCCGACAAACCGACCACGCAGAACGACAUGUAUUCCGUUGGUCGUGUCAUGUUCUAUUUGUUGACUCUGAUUGUUCCUUGGCAUAACAUUGACGAGUACGAAGUCCUUCAAAAAAUCCAAAAUGGAGAGGAUGUCUCGCGUCCUGAGAUAUUCGAGGCGAUGUCUGACGUAACAGACGCCCGCUGGAACUAUAUCGAGCAGUGUUGGUCAAUUGACCCAUCCGCUCGUCCAUGUGCCCUUACGAGUAUGAACUUCGUAACGGGGGAGCUAGAAACCUUGAAACAAGAUGUAGAUACUAUGCAAACUGUGGAUGCUAUGCAAGCCGCGGAUGUCAUGCAAGCCGUAUAUGAUGGACUUCCGCCAGACUUUUUCAACGUGACAGAUGGUGCUAUGCUAAUGUGGAUCAUUAUCUCCUCCAGAACGUACGGCAACUAUUACCCCUCCCCUCCCCCUUCCCGCCGUCCUCGCUCUCUCGCACCCUCUUCCGGGAGUGCCAGUGUACUAUUAGGUCAACUUUCGUCCACGUUCCGCCGCUCUCACCGGGCCGACACUAAUAACUCAACUGAACUCCAGCGACGCCAAAGGCGGUCAAUCUUAUUUCGUGGUCCCCGUAUUGUCGAAGUGGCUGCAGUAAGGGAGAGAGAGGUAUUUAUGUCUUCGCGUGCGUUUCCCAUUGGCGUGGGUUAAUAAUUUCUAUCCAGGUUACAUUCACUGCUCCACUACUUCACCACCGCCAGAAAGAACACAGCAGCAAAACCGAUCUCACGCCCAGGGAUCCACUACGCCUUCUGCUCCCGCAACUAACUAGUACUACCUCGUCAGGUGCAGCGACCGCGCAGUCACGAUCUCUCCCACUGCGAGUUCGCUUUGUGUUGUUUCUUUGUUGUGCGUCUCCCCCAACCGCUGAUGGUCAUUAAUACAGGUACAUAUACUUCUAGUUCUUUUUUGUGACCAAUUUUUGUCCAUUGAGAGUAAGACUCUAUGUAGGAAGUAAACUAGCGUGUGGUAGUACUGGCUAAGAUGUCCAAUAACGCAUGCUCUAGUUCUUCUAUAUUCUUUAGUGUCUCUUUCGUAUCAUUUCGUACGUAACGACUUACAUUGAGCUUGUUUCCUUGUCAUAAGACUCAUGCAAUGUAUUGAACUCAACAAUGCCAGC